AUGGGUCAGGAAUUUUCUCAUGAAGAGGUUAGUAGCGAGCAUAUAUCAUAUGAUCAGUAUGAGCAGGAGGAAGAUAUGGAAGAGGAAGUUGACGUGGAUUAUAUGGAUGAGGACGACACAAAUGUGGAACCAAUAUAUGCAAGGACAAGACGCUUUAGUGCUCGGAAGAAUAGGACUAGGAAGAGUCGUGCGGACGUACUUAAGUUGAAGAAUUUUGUAUGUCAUCGUGAAGGAUUUAGACCGCAAAAUAAUUAUGGCAUUGGAAACUUUAAGAGAAAAUCUACUCCCGAGACAAGGUGUGGUUGCGGUGCAAUGAUGGAGAUUCGUCUAGAUGCACCUAGUGGUCGUUGGUUUAUUUUUUAUUUUUCUGAUGAACACAAUCAUCCGCUUCUAGAUCCUCGUUUGACUGGAUUGCUUCGUGGGCAUAGAUUCAUGUCCGAGGCUGAUAUUGGCUACAUGAUUAACAUGAAAAAGGGUGGGAUUAGUGUUGGGCAGAUAUAUCGGGCAUUAGCAAAUCAGGCAGGUGGCUACGAGUAUCUCUCUUUCACGCAAAGGGACAUGUACAAUAAAAUAGCAAAGCAGAUGCGCCAGUUACCCGGUGAUGCAUAUGCAGCUUUGAAUAGGGCAGAUUACUUAUUAUUUGGCGAUGUGCUGGCUUUUGAUGCUACCUAUAAGAGGAAUAAAUAUAGGUGUCCAUUGGUUGCAUUUUCUGGUGUCAAUCAAACAAUUAUCUUUGCUGCUGCUUUAAUUUGCGAUGAGAAAAAAGACACAUAUAGGUGGUUGCUACAACAAUUGAAGAUGGCAAUGAAUGUGAAAGCACCUGUUUUGGUUAUCACGGAUGGUGAUCUAUCAAUGAAGUUCGCCAUUGAGAAAGAGUUUCCUAAUGCACAUCAUAGAUUAUGUGCAUGGCAUCUGAUUCGCAAUGCAACAAGUAACAUUGGCAAGCCCCAGUUUACCUCCAUGUGUUAA